CAGGAUUCAAUGCAGACUGCAGACGCAUCCACAACAAAUUAUUUAACGUUGCACAGGAUAUCCGUGUGUCUUUUAGCACUGAAAACAUCAGUAUAUCAGUUCAGAGAGGGAAAAGUUAAUUAGCACCAGAAACAUCAACAUUAUCCACCCUUUCUCAAAAUUGAGAAAUGACAGAUCGAGCAAACAACUUCCCCCCUCUGCCGAAGUUUCUUCGCAUAAAGCCAUGUUUUUACCAGAAUGUGGACGAGGAAAUUCCGCAACCUCACUGCCAGCUUGUGCGUCGUGUUUACAAUCUUUGGAUCUUAUACUCUAUCACACUUUGUGUUAAUGUGGUGGCCUGCAUAGCCUGGUGGGCCGGAGGGGGUGGAGCGAUCAACUUUGGCUUUUCUAUCCUCUGGCUGCUGGUUUUCAGCCCAUGUAGCUAUACCUGCUGGUUCAGGCCGCUCUAUAAAGCAUUCAGGGCUGAUAGUUCCUUCAACUUCAUGACCUUCUUCUUCAUUUUCUUCCUGCAAUGUGUUCUCGCUUUCAUCCAGAGUCUUGGAAUAUCAGGUUGGGGUGCAUGUGGUUGGAUUGCCACAGUGAUGUUUUUCAGCACGAAUGUAACCUCUGCUAUAUUCAUGCUCAUCUGUACUCUGCUCUUUACCGUAGUUACGGUUCUCAUGGGACUUGUUCUCAUCAAGGUCCAUCGACUAUAUCGUGGUGGAGGAGGCAGUUUACAGCGGGCGCAGGAAGAGUGGAGCACGGGUGUGUGGAAGAACGCCCCUGUGAGAGAAGCCGGAUUCAACGCCAUCUCUGAAACUGGCCCCAGCCUGCCCCAGUAUCCAGCCGCUGUGCCCAACUACCCAGAGAGUGGACCCUGGUGAUACCUUUUCUGAACUACAGAUGGAGCAAGAGCACCACUGUUUGUCUUAACGUCAAAGGGGCGGUUUGCAGAGGGACGUUACCAAAUAUUUUUGUGCAGAGAAUGUAAGAAAACUCUUCAGCCAGAUCACAGACUUGUGAAUGGUUAUUUUGCUUUUGUACUUUUUUUUUUUUUUUAUAUAUAGCAAAAAGAUUUAAUGUUAAUCACUCCUUAAAAGAAUGUGUAUAACAUUUUUUUUUUUUGAGCUAUAAAGAGUAGAUCUCUUGAACACUGACUUAAAUAGAAGUGAAUGACGAUCGAAAAUGUGUCAAAACCCUGUUCUGGGUGCAAAUUCUGAGAGAAACGCUAACCAGAAGGUUAAAUUACCAAUCAAAAUAGGCAAACUGCUCCUUUAAAGACAUCUCAACACAUACUACCCUCACACUGACGGCAAAAUGGCAGAACAUUAGUUCAAAAAUAGAAAAAAAGGACACUGUUAUUUAAUAUUAAAUUGAUGAAUUCAUCAGAUGCCUUCAGUUCAUCUGAGCCUUGAUUUUUCUUGUCAUUGCAUU